AUGUCAGAGAGAACAGCAAAACUUUCAUUAGAACAAAUAUCAAACUGUAAACAAUGUUCGGCUAAACAUCAAAUUCAAGGCACUAUGAAUGAAAAAAUAGAAAUGACAGAUCAUAAUAUAUUGGAUAUAACAAAGGUUACAGAUUGUGUUAUCAUCAAAAAUGCAGCCUCUGCUGAAGCUGGGGAUAUUUUAAUAAUUGGUUUAAAAUUGAAAGAUUCAACUGAUGAUUAUCUGGUUUUUCAUAUUCAAUGCAAAUGGGCCGACUCUGCAAAAUCUAGUGAAACCUUUACACAAAUUUUGCACGAAAUAGAAAAGAAUCAGAAAUUGAACUUUGUUACGAAAUCAAAGAAGACAAAAAAUAUCACAGUGAUCGUGAGUGGAAAACCGAUUUCAGAACUUCCUAACCACAUUCCAGACAAUGUCGUUCUUAUAUGCAAAAAUAACUUUGCAAAAUAUUUUGGAAUUUUUGCGGAUAGCAUGAAAUUCUUUUGCAGCAAACAAAUUCUUCAUGUUAAUGAGGUGAACGAAUCAGAGUUACAAAGUUUUCCUGGAAUCGGAGAAGAAAUGGCAAAUCAUGUGAUCAAAUCACGACCAGGUUUUAAAAAUAUGGAAGAUAUGCGGAAAAUGAUACGUGCUAAGGUUCCAAAUUGGGGAACUGCAACAAGACUAAUCAACACUUUCAACGAAAUUGAAAUAGUUUUCUAG